AUGGCAGAAAGGGCGAGCGAACCAAGCCGACCGCCAGUGGCCAUCCAGUUUGGUCGAGUUGAGAGAGCAGCUGACACGCGCAGGCCAGGCAGGUGGGUGAGUGCUGGUGGUGGUGCUGCUGCCUCCACAAAGAAGCACUCAAGGCUGGAUGUGUACAUUUACGACUACCUGUGCAAGCGAGGCUUGCCGAAAUCCGCGGAGACGUUUCUCGCUGAGGCGAAAGUCUCGUCAGACCCCGUCGGGGAGGCGGGGUUGAGGCAGGCGGCGAGUGGGGUGCUGGCGAGCCGGCUGUAUGAGGAGCGGCUGAAGCAGGCGCAGCUGGCCAGGGCGGAGAGCGGUGCGAGCAUGGACGAGGCAGCUCUCAGAGUGAGGAGGAGUAGAAUAGCCAUGCAUAGUGGUGUGCGGGAGUUCGUAGUUCUUUCACACUUCUCCCAUCCGCUCAUCACACACACCACCCGCGCUUCCUUGAACCUUCUGUACUUCCUCUCCCUUCACUUCACCACCCCUUGCUUCCUCCUUCGCAUGCUCUCUGCUUCCCAUUUCAGGCACCUGGCGACCGUUGGCAACGCGGCAGGCAUGUCCCAGCAGUCCCUUCAGCUGUCAUAUACUUGUCAUCUCCUCCUCUUUUCUUUCCUCUCUUCCUCUCUUUCCUCUCUCCCUCUCUCCAUCGUUUCUACCCUUCCCUGCACACCCCCCUCCCCCUUCCCCGCUCUCCUCCCUCUGCUGCCCCUCGCCCCACCCCUAAUUUCGUACGCACCAGGCAUAUCAUCAGCUGCGAGGUCAGCUCAGCUGCAGCAGAUGAAGGGAAACUGGCCCGCAGGCCUUUCGAUCGCACGUCUCUUCAACUCGCCCCAGUACCAGAUGCUCUCGCCCAUACAGCAGCAGCACCUGCUGCAGCAGGCCCAGGCGCAGGGCCUCAUCACCAACUCAGGCGCGCUAGCAAGCUUAUCAGCCGCAGGGGGAGGCGCAGGGGGCGCAGCAGGGGGAGCAGCAGGGGCAGGCGGAGCAGGGGGGAUGCAAGGCGGAGGGGGAGUGGGAGCUGGGGCGGCGAGCGGUGGGGCGGGUUUGGGCGGCAAUCUGCCGGGGCGGGCGGCAGGAGGGACGUCUUUAGUGGGAUUCGGGGCGGGUAUGGCAACAGAGAUGGAAAAUAGGCAGCUGAGGCAGCUACUAAGUAAGGGGGUGGCUGGUAACCCUGCUGCUGCAGCUGCGAUGGCAGCAGCAGUGGCAGCAGGGGGGGCGGGGGGGAAGGGAGGAGGGGAGGAGGGGGGUGGGUCGCCCAGUGUGGGGUCGCCUGCGGGUAUGCUGCCGUCUGGUGCCGCUGCUGCUGUGGCGGCCGCUGCUGCUCUCAGUCGAGGGGCGUCGCCUCAGGAGCAGCAGGAGAUGAUUCUCAAGCUGCAAGCCCAGCGAGCGCGGGCCAUGGGCGCACAGGGGGCCAUGGGGGGGCUGAUGGGCGCGCAGGUAAAGCAGGAGCAGCUGCUGCUGCUGCAGCAACACCAGCAGCUGUUACUGCAGCAGCAACAGCAGCAACAGCAGCAGCAGCAACAGCAGCAACAGCAGCAGCAGCAACAACAGCAGCAGCAGCAGGUGAUGGGGGCGCCUGGGCAGCACAUGCAGCAGGAGGGGCAUCAGGGGGGGAUGGGACGGCAGGGCAGCAUAGGCGGACCAGGGCGAGCAGCAGGACAGCAGCAGCAGCAACAGCAGCAGCAGGGGCAGGGACAGGGACAGGGGCAGGGGCAGGGGGCGCAGGGAGGCGCACAGGGGGGGAUGCAGGGGGGGCAAGAGCAGCAGCAGCAGCAGCAGCAGCAGCAGAUGGGUGUGCCUAGUUCUGCUGCUGCUGCUGCUGGUGGUGGUGGUGGUGGUGGUGGUGGUGGUGGUGGUGGUGGUGGGUGGGGGGGAGCUGGGGGUGGGAAUGGUGGAAGUGGAGGGGGCGGAGGGGGUGGUGGGGGUGGUGGGGGAGCGGCAGGGGAGCAGAGCUCUCUGAGUGGCAUGGAACCCGCACCCAGCAUCACCAGCACAGGCACUGUCACCAAGCCUGAGCCUUAUCCGCAGACACAGGCAGAGCAGCAGCAGCAGCAGCAGCAGCAACAACAGCAACAGCAAGCCACCGAGCAACAGAAGCAGCAGGAGGAGCAGCACCAGCAGCAGCACCAGAACCAGCACCAACACCAGCAGCAGCAGCAGCAGCAGCAGCAGCAGCAGAGUCCCCAGCUAGGAUCCUCCCUCCCCCAGAUGCUACCUCCCCCGCUCGUCGCCCCGCUCCCGACCAGUUUUGGCAUGGAAGGGACUCUCUCAGGCGAGCCGUCCCCGGGCAACCAGUUGGUUGAGCUGGAGCGGUUUGGGGUGGGGGACGAUGGGUCGCUGGACGACAAUGUGGACUCGUUCCUGUCGACGGAUGAUGGCGAUGGGCGCGAGCCGCUCUUCUGCACCGGCAAGCGCAGCAGCAUGGGCAGCAUGGACGGGAAAGGUUUUUCCUUCACGGAGUACGGCUGUCUAAGGGCCAGCUCCACCAAGGUCGUGUGCUGCCACUUCUCCCAGGAUGGCAAACUGCUUGCGAGCGCUGGCCACGAUAAGACGGCUGUGCUGUGGGAGAUGGAUUCUCUUUCCAUGCGCGCCACGCUGGAGGGCCACUCGCUGCUCAUCACCGACGUGCGCUUCAGCCCCACCCUGCCACGUGUCGCCACGUCAUCGUUUGACAAGACCGUGCGCGUGUGGGACAUUGACAAUCCGGCCUUCCCCCUGCGCACGCUAGCGGGGCACAUGACGUCCGUGGUGUCCCUUGACUUCCACCCCGAAGACGAGGACCUGCUCUGCUCCUGCGAUGCCGACGGGGAGAUCCGCUACUGGAGUGUCAAUCAGGAGAUGUGCACUCGGGUGUUCAAGGGUGCCACCACGCAGGUGCGCUUUCAGCCGCGCAUGGGCCGGCUGCUGGCAGCAGCGGCGGAGUCGGUGGUUUCUAUCUUUGACGUCGAGACAGAGGCGUGUCUGCGCACACUUGAGCAACGGCACAGCAAGCCAGUCCACUCAGUCUGCUGGGACGCCACAGGCGAGUUCAUCGCGUCUGUCUCAGAGGAUGCAGUGCGAGUGUAUGCGCUGGGGCCGGGCAACGGGGGCGAGUGUGUGCACGAGCUGGUUAGCAGCGGCAACAAGUUCCACUCCUGCACCUUCCACCCCAAGUACCCCUCGCUCCUUGUGAUAGGCUGCUACCAGUCGUUGGAGCUUUGGAACAUGGUGGAGAACAAGAGCAUGAUCGUGCAAGGGGCCCACGAUGGGCUUAUUGCUGCUCUUGCACAUUCCCAGGCGCGUGGGCUCGUUGCGUCGGCGAGCCAUGAUAAAUUCCAAUCUCGUUUCAAGCAAACCCCCACACCGUCCUCAGCCUCCCGUCGCGAAGGUUCCAUGAUCCCCACUCCCAGUACGCGCCUCUCCUCAAUGCACGCGCCAUCCACCUCCGCGAAAAGCGCCGUCAGAGGCAGCGCCAGCAGCGUUACAGGCCGACCCUCCGCAACACCCCGCGCAAGUCUCACCCCCGCGCAUACCUCCGCGGGAUCCCGCGCGGGAGCCAGCAGAGGGGGGGGAUCUACCACGGGGCUCGUGAGCGCGACCAGCGCUGGCGGAAGAGGAGCGGGCGGAACGGGCGGAGCAGGCGGGGCAGGUUUCCGCGCGCCGUCCAGUGCGGCGAGAGGCAUUUCGCAGGCAGCGGGGCAUCAGUUUCAAACUCCCAUGGGGAGAGGGAUUAAGGGACGUCUGUUCCAGACUCCCAUGGCUGGAGGAGGGAGAGGAGGUACGGGUGCCGGCGGGAGAGAGGGGAGAUUGGCGAUGGCUGUGGGGGGACGAGGAGACGGAAGGAGUGCAGCAGUCGGGGAGGCAGGGCGAGGUGAUGAAGGAGGAGAUAGAGUAUGUGGUACGGGAGGUGGUAGGGGAGUUAACCCUGAAAACCGGAACUUGUCGCUUGAGCCGUCAGGUGAGGCCUUGGAAGACGGUGAGCUGGCAGCAGGGACGGCCGCCGUGUCAGCAGCGCUGGAUGCUGAUGUGGCAGGAACAGCAGGUGGCGAGGAUGCGUUGGUUGGAGAGAGGGAAGGGGACGCGCAAGGGGCGGAAGGGGCUACUACCAGCGGUGACAGAAGGGAGGAGGAAGGGGGUACUAGCGGUGAUAUGGGGGAGCAGGAAGGAGGGACAAGCGUUGACGGGCGGGGGCUGGAAGCCGUUGCUGUAGCUGGUGGAGUGCUGGGGCUACACCUGGCUCAUGCCGCUGGCGAACACAAACAGGCGGAAGGGGUGCAAGCGGAAGGUCAGCAGGCGGAAGGGCUGGCGGAAGGUCAGCAGGCGGAAGGGCUGGCGGAAGGAGAGCAUGCAGCAGAGGAGCAGGCGGAGGGGGAGCAGGCGGAAGGGGAGGAGGCGGAAAGGGAGGAGGCGGAAAGGGCGAGAAGCUCUGUGAGUAGUGACGGCAGUUGUCUUGCUGCGUUGUUGGAAGCAGCGGGAGCAGCUGGAGCUGGUGGUAGUUUUUCUGUCAGUGUUGCCAGUGCUGCUCCCGAUAUGCGAGAUGCUCGUUGCCGUGGGGAUGUUGCGAGUUUGCAUGGCUCGGUGCACAGCCAUGGGGAUCUGGACCUGGUAGCCUCGGGCUCUGUAGGUUCGGAAAGAAGUGAGAUGAGCGAGAGGGGCGAGAGAGGCGAGAGGGGCGAGGAGGAGGAGAUGGUACCGGCAGUGGCAGCAGUGAUGGAGGAGUUGUCGGGCCUCCCGUGGUCGACUCAAGCAGCGAUUGUGAGGAACAGGGAGCUGCAGGUGCAGGCGAUGCUGGUGCUGCAGGAGGAGGCGGCAGAGGAGAGGAACCGAGAGAACAUGGCGGCCCUGGCAGCAGCAGCGAUCUACUGCAUGCGCCUGCAGCAGGAGCGGUGCGAGCAGCAGGGGCAGCAGCAGCGGAGGCAGAUCCACCAGCGGGCGCGGGAGCUACUGAGUGAGGAGGGCGUGGGGCCGCUGCUGCAGCAGGAGAAGGACCAGCGCGGCUCCCACCAGCUGGCGUUAAGGAGCAUCGUUAAUGCGCUGUCGGAUUCUCUGGUUAAGCUGCCCAUUCACCCGUCCAGCACGGUGAAUGCAGCGCGGCUCAAGGAGCAGCUAGACGGCCUGCAUGACCUGCUCGCGGCCAUGCACUGCACUGUGAAUGCAGCGCGGCUCAAGGAGCAGCUAGACGGCCUGCAUGACCUGCUCACGGCCAUGCACUGCACUGUGAAUGCAGCGCGGCUCAAGGAGCAGCUAGACGGCCUGCAUGACCUGCUCGCGGCCAUGCAGCCAUUUGCCGACGACCUCUCCCAGGUGCCCGGGGUGGCGAGCCUCGUCUCAUCCAUAGCCGACCGUCUCACCUCCACCAAGGAGGAGCUCGAUGCUGCAUGUGGCAACAGCGACCGCCUCGCUGACGCCGCUUUGAAGGAGCAGACCAAGGCAUAUCAGCUGCAGCAGCUCACAGGCCUCUCGCUACCUGCGCUUGUCUCCGACGGAAGUCAUUGCCUGAUCCUCAACCGCAAGACCUUGCGAACCCUGAUGGAUUAA